AUGGAGGAGAGGAGGGCGGCAGCGGAGGAGAGGAGGGCAGCAGUUGAGGAGAGGAGGGUGGUUGCUGAGGAGGCGGCCAAGAGGCUAGAACAAGAGCAAAAGAUCAUGUUCAUGGAUACAACUCAUCUCGAUGCAAAAGGAAGAGCAUAUGUUGAGCUUAUGCGUGAUCAAAUCUUGGCGGCAAGAUCCAUGGGAGGAUUCAACAUGGGAGGCUUCAUGGGUGGAUUUGGUGGCAAUGAGACCUCUUCUGUCAGUGGUGGCCAUGGUGGUUAUGGUGGUUUUGGUGGCAAUGGUGGCAAUGGGACCUCUUCUGUCAUUGGUGGCAAUGGUGGCAUUGAGACCUCUACUGACAUUGUUGAUGAUAUUGGUGGUGAUGAAAGUGAAGAACACAAUUGA